AAAAGCUUAAGCCUCUUGCACCAAAAAAUCAUAAAUUCAUUUUCACAUAGUGAUUGAAAAGAGGACGAAGAUAAAAUGUUGAGGUUAUUCACAAGAAACUUCAAACUCAUUAAUAUAGAAAAUGGUUUCAACUCCAAGCCAGUUAUUUCUACUCUCCAAUAUUCAACGUCUUCUUCAAGAAGGUUAGAAGGCAAAGUUGCGGUCAUAACAGGUGGAGCAAGCGGCCUAGGGAAGGCCACGGCGGAGGAAUUUGUAAGUCAAGGUGCUGAAGCCAUUAUUGUAGAUAUAGACGAGGAGGCUGGUCGUAUGGUCACCACCGAACUCGGCUCAACUGCACAUUUCAUUAAAUGUGAUGUCACUGAGGAGGAACAAGUAGCUAAAGCCUUCGAAACCGUCAUGGCUCGCCAUGGGAAGCUUGACGUAAUGCUCAAUAGCGCCGGAAUAUCGUGUUCCAUAUCACCACCAAGCAUAGCCGACAUAGACAUGGACAUAUACGACAAAGUAAUGCGUCUCAACGUACGAGGCACCAUCUUAGGAAUAAAGCAUGCGACACGAGCCAUGAUCCCCGCUGGCUCAGGCUCCAUCCUUUGCCUCUCUAGCAUCAGCGGCUUGAUGGGCGGUUUGGGCCCACAUGCAUACUCUAUAUCUAAAUUCACAAUACCGGGUGUGGUCAAGACGGUUGCUGGUGAGCUGUGCAAACACGGUUUAAGGAUUAAUUGUAUAUCGCCUGCAAGCAUCCCAACGCCUCUAACGCUAAGGAUGUUUCGAGAAGCGUUUGCCGGUCACAACAUUCCGGAGGAACAGAUUUUAGCGAUUGUGAACGCGACGGGAGAGUUAAAGGGAGAGAAGUGUGAAGAGAGAGAUGUGGCCAAAGCAGCUUUGUAUUUGGCAUCUGAUGAUGCUAAGUUUGUGACGGGGCAUAACCUUGUUGUUGAUGGUGGAUUUACUUGUUUCAAGUCUCUUAAUCUCCCUUUCCCUUAAUGUAAUUUUAUUCCAAUAUUGUUAAUGAAAUCUGGUUAAGAAUA